GUAAAAAUGAAUAUAUAAAUUAACCGAAGCUUGAUCAAAAUAAUCUUUAAUAUAAGGUUAAUGAAUGUCGUCCCAAUUCGGAUAUUUAUAUCGGAUCUAAAACAAUCAGUCUGCGCUAUAAUUACGAUAUCUCCCCUUCCUUUAGAUCCCUAGUCGUAAUCGCUACUUCAUAUUCAUGCGCGAUUCGCAGAUCCUUUUGAAACGCGCCUUUAGCCUACGGCAGGACGCGAGGAUCCGCAAUUGAAGAAAACGGGUGGCGCAUGUGUGCGCGCAUGCGCAGCGGCACGUUAUAAAUACAACCACUAGGCCCUCGCUCGUGUCGAGUGAAGUUGUCGGCGGAGUCACAGUGGUCGUAUGAUGGCGCAGUAUGUCGGCCGUCCGCGAUUCGCGCCGGCGACGAUUCUUUUGCUACUUGUUCCCGUGUACGUUGUUCAGCUAGCGAACGCCGACACGUCGACGUUAAUAUCGUCGACGACGAGGACGACGACCGGGACGACGAGAGCAACGACGGUGGCCAACACCGUCCAGUACAAUGAUAUUCUGCCGCGCGUCGUCCAGGUCGCGGUGAAUUCGGCGGCGGUCGUCGCGUUGUCGGCACUGCCGUUCAGUGCCAACCCCACCGACUUUCAUCGAGUUCCCCUCGUCGAGUUCCUGGGUACCGGCCUCGAUCGCGACCUCGCGCUACAAUGGUCGCCGUCGAACCGAGACUGCCCGCGGGACGCGGGCAACACCCUGGACGCGGUGUGGAUGUCGUCGGCGAGGGACCGCGGUAUCUACGAAUUCCGGACGGUUCCAGACGCGAAGGUUACCGCCGUCUAUUUUUGCCUGAGAAAUCGCAGCGACGAGAAGUGGAGCAAUCUCGGGGAUCGUGUCUCCAUAAAAUUUCCGGUACGACCGGAGAAAUAUUUUCGUACACGACGCGGCGAUCCGCUUGAUAAUCUCGAGAGUUCCGUCUUGAGCAACUACACGAAGAUUCACAUCGAAGGAUUGCGAAUAGAUACAGCUGACAAGGAGCCUAGUCACAACGAGGAGGGAAUUCCCGAAAUUCUGGCUGGGAGUAAGGCAGUGAUUCGUUUAUUCGGCACCGGUAUUACGAAGGAUACCUUGAUCGCCUUCACCGAUGUAGCAGCGGAAAGAGGAGCCGUAUGUGACAAGAUCAAGACCAAUGAGUUUCCCGUGGAAAACGUAGAGGAAACCACUGCGAUUGUACAUGUAGUACUUCCCGUUGGAUCGUCGUAUCGGCCUUUUUUCGUAUGCGCAAAACAGCCGUCGUACGAAAGAGAGAGAUCGAAGAAGGAUGACAUCCUGUUUAGACACCAAGGCACCGCGCGAUACAACACCAUCCGCACAUAUGAGAAAUUCCUACCGUUCUGGCUCACUAUCUUGAUCAUUCUCGUUUGUCUCAGUUUGUCUGCACUUUUCUCCGGUCUCAAUCUCGGUUUAAUGGCGAUAGAUAGGACCGAAUUGAAAAUACUCGUCAACACAGGUACAGAAAAAGAAAGAAAGUAUGCGAGAACCAUUCAGCCAGUAAGAAAUCACGGAAAUUAUCUUUUGUGUUCGAUUCUGUUUUCCAACGUUCUUGUCAAUUCGAUAUUCACGAUAUUGCUGGAUGAGUUGACAUCCGGGAUAGUCGCUGUUAUCUGCUCGACAUUAGCUAUUGUCAUUUUUGGUGAAAUUUCGCCGCAGGCUAUGUGUAGCAGACACGGAUUAUGUGUCGGCGCAAAAACUAUCUAUUUAACUAAACUGACAAUGCUAAUCACUUUUCCAUUAAGUUAUCCAAUUAGCAAGUUGCUUGAUGUUAUUCUCGGCGAAGAGAUUGGAAAUGUAUAUAAUCGGGAACGUUUGAAAGAGCUGGUCAAGGUAACGACCGAAUACAACGAUUUAGAGAAAGAUGAAGUAAAUAUAAUUGCAGGAGCAUUAGAAUUGCGAAAGAAGACCGUAGUGGAUGUAAUGACCAGAAUUGAAGAUGUAUAUAUGUUGAAUUAUAAUGCUAUUCUAGACUUUGAAACAGUGUCUGAAAUCAUGAAAUCAGGAUUUUCACGUAUACCAGUGUAUGAAGACGUAAGAACGAAUAUAGUAACAAUGUUGUAUAUCAAAGAUCUUGCUUUUGUUGAUCCCGAUGAUAAUAUGCCACUCAAGACACUUUGCCAAUUUUAUCAAAAUCCAUGUAAUUUUAUUUUCGAAGAUGUUACGUUGGAUGUAAUGUUUAAACAAUUUAAGGAAGGUCACAAAGGCCACAUGGCUUUUGUGCAAAGAGUCAAUAACGAAGGUGAAGGUGAUCCGUUUUACGAAGUAAUUGGUUUGGUAACAUUAGAAGAUGUUAUUGAAGAAUUAAUUCAGGCUGAGAUUAUUGAUGAAACAGAUGUAUUUACGGAUAAUCGAAAUAAACGAAAGAGACAGGUUCGUCCGAAGAUACCAACGGAUUUCAUGAUAUUCGCAGAGAAGAAAGAAAACCAACGAAUUCACAUCUCGCCGCAAUUAACAUUGGCGAUGUUCCAGUACUUGUCAACAACUGUGGACACAUUUAAACCUGACGUUAUAUCGGAGACGAUUCUGCGACGUUUACUGAAACAAGAUAUUAUUUAUCACGUUAAAGUAAAAUCGCGCGAGAAAGCCAAAACUGAUCCCGCUGCGAUAAUUUAUCAGCAAGGAAAAGCGGUCGAUUACUUUGUGCUAAUUUUAGAAGGUCGCGUCGAAGUGACGGUGGGAAAAGAGAAUAUGAUGUUUGAAAGCGGCCCUUUUACGUAUUUCGGAUCGCAAGCUCUUACUGCAAACAUCGGGAUUGCUGAAUCGCCUACGAAUGCAAAUCCGCAGACAGUCGGAAGUAUUCAGUCUGUCAAUUUAGAUUCUAUGUUACGUCAUACCUUUAUACCGGAUUACACAGUGCGUGCAGUGACUGAAGUAUUCUAUGUAAAAGUCAAGAGGUCUCUAUACUUAGCUGCGAAACGCGCUACGCUUCUAGAAAGAAGUCAAAAAGAUCCGCUGCCUAGUCAGGAACAAUUUGACGACGAAGUAGAGAAGUUGCUGCAUUCUUUAGAAGAAGACGAUCGCAGUGUACCUGAAUCUCCGAUAUUACCCGCGGACAAGUCGGCAAAUAGCGAAAAAGGGAAAGAUGCCGUUAUUCAUUCACCCAUACGUAGCGUGACGGCACCGACGUCACCACUUCCGGUUAGUGCCAGUCCGAUCACGAAUUCGAAGUUUAUCUCACCACGGAAUGACGCGAAAGUUAAGAAUUCAUCAGCAAAGGUACAGAUGAGUCCAGUGGAAAUUCAAGUUAAACACGACUCGUUGACUGCAUUAAAUGCAGAUAUUCUUGCUCGACAGUCCGAGGUAGUAAGAAUGUCUGUGAAGAUGAAUGGCGACGAAGAACGAACAAAUCUCUUGUCUAAGCCAGAUAACUCUUAACGCUUACAGAACGGCCGACGAGACUCGGUACUGUCGGCGAAAUCGAUAACAUUAAGAGCAUCGAGUAACACAGAGCAGAACAUACUGGCAUGACACAUUUUGCUACUGUGACACUAGGUACUUCACGAAUUACUUAGAUAUUUAUCGUGAGAGGCACUUGAAAUUUUUAGCGAUUGGUUUAGAAGCUGUACCCAAUCUCGACUUUCAUCAAAAUUUAACUUAUUUUACAGAUACGUCAAGUUAAUAUAAAAAAAAAAGAGUAGUAUGUGAUCAACUGCUCUUAAUAGCAUUUUAUAGAUAAUAAUAAUAUCAAAUAAUAAUAUCAAACUAAACUUAUGAUUAAAGAUUCUGUUUAAAGCUCGUGUCUAAUUACAAAAAAAACAGAAACAAUGAAUUAAAAUUCAUUUAGCAGCACGUUUUUUAUUUUAAAAGAAAAAGUUACUUUGAUUUUACGAUUACAAACAUAUUUUAAUGAUUUCUAGAUUUUGCAAGUGUUAUAUAAUGUUCCAUUAUAACAUUAUAUUAGGAUUUCUUCAAUGUGAGUAAAUAAAUGACAUCGCGGGUACAGUUUUUAGCUAAUUGAGAAAAAGGUGAUAGAAACUACGCUGCAAUAAUGCCCUGACAUUAUUUUGAAUAUAUUUUAGUACGAAAAAUUCAUUAUAGAACAAAAAAGAUAUAUGAAAUCAAUUACAUGGUCGAACACUCAGAUCAUCACAUAUAUAUAUAUAUAUAUAUAGAUUAGAAAACAGUACAAACGAAUGAAAAAAGUUUGAAGAGGAUUUAAUAUACAUUAUUCGAAGGUCACUUCUCUGGAAAAAGAUGAUUUUAUUAUUUACUUUAGUUUUGUUUGGAAUAUACGCGAAUCUGAACAUGCAUGAUAGAUUAAAAUGGCCCAA